GAUCGUUGAUGUAUGUAUCAGUGCGAGUGCUAAUCUGCUACAUUAGGGAUCCGCUCUUUGUCAAAAAGUCAGUCAGUUGUUAUUUGGCGUAAACAGACACCGCUGCGACGAUUUCAGCAACGUGAAUGCCCCGGCUUCUAAAUCGUUAUGUAAAGGGCACAAUUUUACGGAGGACAUCCACAAAAUGAAGGCUCAGGUGCGCCGUGGGGUUAUCGUCAUUAUAGUUAUUACCAUGGGUACCAGUCUCAUGGUUGUGUACAACAACAGCUUCACGGACACGUCAGGGACAGCGUAUCCCACGGAUGCUGCUGCUACUGGGCCGCAAAUGGAUAAACCCAGGAAAGCGCAGCCUAAACCAGGAAGAGCCCUGUCAUCAACCCUACAGGGCUACACUGGAGUCAUCGAUCAAAAGCCUCUGAGGAUGCACUGUAACUGCUGUGCCCUGGUGACCAGCUCUGGCCACCUUACCGGCAGCAACCGUGGGGACGAAAUCGACAGCACUGAGUGCGUCAUCCGCAUGAACGACGCCCCGACUGGGGGUAGUUUCCAGCGGGAUGUGGGCCAGCGUACCAGCCUGCGCGUCAUCGCCCACUCCAGCAUGCAGAGGGUACUGCGGAGCCGGCAGGAGCUGCUCAACGCCAGCCAGGACUCAGUCUUCCUCUUCUGGGGACCCAGCAGCUGUAUGCGACGCGACGGCAAAGGCCUGGUCUUCAACAACCUGCGUAUGGUCAACCAACUUCUGCCCAAACUGAAGGUCUACGUCAUCUCCCAGCUCAAGAUGCCGCAGUUCGAUGAGCUCUUCAAGAAGGAGACAGGGAGAGACAGGAAGACCUCUAACUCAUGGCUGAGCACUGGCUGGUUCACCAUGGUCAUUGCCCUGGAACUCUGUGAUACGAUCAAUGUCUAUGGCAUGGUGGCUCCUGACUUUUGCAGGGCUCCUUCCCAUCUCUCGGUGCCGUAUCAUUACUACGAGCCUUCGGGGCCUGACGAGUGCGCCAUGUAUCUCUCCCACGAGCGGAACCGGCGCGGAAGCCACCAUCGCUUCAUCACAGAGAAGACAGUGUUCGCCAACUGGGCUCGGAUGUUCGACAUCCACUUCUACCAGCCAGACUGGACCCCGUCCUCUACUCUCAAUGGAAACAGCUCACUCACACCAGCUUCAGAUGGCUCUUGAUACCAAACAUAGACAGAAAGGUCCCCAGGACCUGGGAAAGAUGUGACUGUGUGUUUGGACUCCAACAUGCUGAUUUUCCUCAUCCUCCCCUUGGCUCCCUUAUGGGAGUGUGUGGGGGGAGUGGAAAGGUACAAGGGUCAUUCCACCAAUUCAGUGCCCUUUGAGAAGUGUAAUUUGGUAAAAAAAAUACAUAUAUGUUGGAUUUAACAUAAUUUUAACAUUCUGACAUAAAGAGCACAUGUUCAACUUCAUCUCAGCAGGUUAAAUAAAAAAAAUGACUAUAGUAAGUGCUAACUAAGUGGCAAAAUAAAGUAACAGGGUUGACUGUUUUCUUAAAUCAGCCAGAAAUCCCCUUGUGACAGGGGGAAUGGAAGCUCACUGUGUGCAACAGAGGGUGGCAAUUGAAUGUAAGCUUCACAAACAUAUUAUAAAAAUUGUUUAAAAAAAAAAAGAAAAAAAAGAAAUGCCUGUCUAUCUAUGGGUAACAGGGUUGACAUGUUAUGUUCGACCCGCUCAGAUUUCCACCACAAAACACCAGAACGUGGCAAAAAAAGAGUGGAACCAGCUCACCUGCUUUUACACUAGGAUCUGACUAUUAAAUGAGAGUUCUGUUCGCGUAACGUGUUGACCUUCAAAUGAUGGACAGAUGUAAAUGAAUCACUAAUCACAUGAAAUAAAUAAUCAUCUUCAGAAAUGACUUAGUUAUUUUGUUGCUUUGACAAAGGCUUUACAAUGAUGGUGAUACUUUGAGAAAUGUUGGGAUUAAGUGGGUUAACAUCUCCUUAGAAGUGACACAGGGCUGAGGGAGGGAAAUGUCAAAAUGCUGAAUUUUGGCACUUUAGCAAGUGUCAUAAAAAAUCUGAUUCAUUGAAUUAUCCAUAUGGUCUAUAUUAAAUAUAUUUUAGAUUAAUAUGACAGGCGUUUAAAAAAAUAUUGGUGCACAAUUCUUACUUAAAAUAUCAAAGGGACUCAAAAGGCAUUAUUUUUGUGGAAUGACCCGCAAGCUGCAGUUGCUGGAGAAGCAGAAGUGGGUAGCUGCUCCUCAAAAUAGUUGGCACAAACUUAGCUCCAACUUGAGGUGUUUGCUCAAUUUGUGUUCAUUCUACUAUAAGAUAUUAUUUGGGCAGCUUAACUAAAAAAGGCUGUGCAACUGGUUACACACACAAACAUUGCUUUUAACACAAAUUAUUAAAUUGUGCUUUUUAAUUUAUACAUUCAUUGUUAUUCAACAUGUCCUCACCUGGGAUUUGAACUCACAACCUCUUGGUUCGUGGAAUUCAGAUCUUCAUACUACACCACCAUGUCUGUGUCAAUUAUCAUUUAAUCAGAUUUUUCUCUCAUUAUUGAUUUGAUUGUCCUAUUUCAGCAAUUAGACUAAUUUAUAACUCUGCGAUAUACCAACUGAAAUAAUAAUGACAGACGCAAUAUCUCCGUCACAAUACUUAAAAUUUAUGAUUUUGUUGAAUUAUUUACACAUUCUGUAAGUAACUACAUAGGGCCUAUAUAAAACCAACUGGGCACAAUAAAAGGAGAGCUCAAAUACAAGGAGAACUGGUUACCACUCUGUUUUUCCACACUGAUACAAACUGGGAAGAGAGAUUCUAUGUAAAACUACAUGAUCGCAUUGUGUCAUCGUAGUGCCCUUUCCUUUAUGUUUAUGGAGACAACAGAGCUGGAAAAAUAUACAUUCUUAUCAACUGAGCCUGACUUGAUCACCUAGAUCACCUUGCCCCCCCCCAAAAAAUAAAGUAACUAAGUAACAGAUUACUUCAAUUGAAAACUAAUGCGGUAGGUUAGUUGUCACCACAACAAAAGUUAUCUGAAUACUUUAACAUGUUACUUUUGAAUCCUAAUGCCAGUAGCUACCCUCCCAAACAGGACGGGGCCACAGCGGCAACCCUUCGGAAUGAUGGGAUGUCAUCUACACAGCGUCCACCUGAGACCUGGAUCAUGAUGAGCAUCCCGGAGGUGGACCUGGUUGGAUUUAAGGGCUUCAAAGGACAAGCAGGGUUUAAAACAAGCUUGUUUUUUAAUUACUUCAGUCCCUAUAAUCGCACUCUCGGGGCGACAUGGUAAUAACGUUUGACCUUACCUGGUAAAAUAAAGAUGAAAACAAAGGUUUGGAAAUGCGGUGUAAAUUUACAAGUAGGUUUUCGUGCUGACAAACUAUUCGCCUACAGGACCAAAGUGCCAAGGUGGUGUACUUGGUAUACACAAAUAAUAAGCAGUCUUGUCCGGACUUCAUUUGGGUGAGGAAUCCUGUUUCCAAAACCAACCUGACAAAACGGGCGUUAACAAAGGUUAAAAACAAAUCAUGAGCUAUCCCCCCUUCCUCUUUCAACAGUGUUCAACUUUAUCACCAUUGACAUCAUACCGUUUGGGUGCAUACCGUUUGCGGAUGCAGGGCGUAGAGUACAUUACAGUAUGUGUCAGGAUUUGACAACUCAUUGAGCCGGAGGAUGAACAUUCAACGUUCCAUAUCAUGGUCGGAUCAUUUCAUCUUCUGAGCAGCAAUUUUCAUCAUGACACAUAUCCCCAUUCCUGACAUAGAUAAGCACUGGCGCUAAAUUGCUGAAAUUACAAAUGUUUGAUAGCCCCUGGUAGUGGGGAGAUGGUCUUGGGAUGUUUUGGUGGUGAUUCUUGAAUGGUUUUAUCAGUAAAAAGUGGCAUCGUUAUCCAGUGGGACCAAACUGUUUCCUGCACAUAGUUGAGAUGAAGUAUAAGAUAAGUAUAGGAAAAGAUUGCAUAGCCUAGGCACAUCCAAUACGGAGCAGGUGCUGGAGAUCAAAUGACAUGAUCAACAAAAGGUAAAAACAGAAGGCAGUGUACAGAGUCUGGUGAUUUAUGAGGUAUUAUAACUUGUCUUUUUCAUCGGCCGUGAAUAACUUUUAGAUGACCAGAAGGUAGGCUUAAAACAGACGGUCAUUUCUCUAAGUGUCAAAAGCUAGUGGAAAUUCUUGGCAAAUUUGAAAUGUGAAGGUUAUGAGGCGUUUGCCCUGACACCUAGUGGCUAUUUGUGUCCUCCAUCUGUAUGGACUGGUCUGUGGGUGCGGGAGAAUGAAUUUCUUGUCGUCUAUUACUGUUUUAACGUUGAUUGUGGGCGUAUCGGGGGAACUUUGCAGUGUGUGGGUGGUCUAUAUGGACAACAAUUGUUCCAAUCACCCGAGGAAAAUUGCAAUUGACACAUUUUGCGCCUUUAUGUGUUUUUCACCAGUAGAAUACAGGCCCACCCUUUGUCUUUGGUGGAUAUUUCAUUGUUCUAAAUAUGGGCCUUACAGUCUGUGAGGAACCUUUAUUAUAGAUCCAUCUGCGAGGCCCUUAUUUAAACUGGCAAGCCUGAAAUUAACCUUUACCAUGAUAGACCAGCCUGUAAGGCCCCUAUUUGCUCUGAUCAGCCUCUGAGGAGCCUUUAUUAUAAACCAUUAGACCAGCAUGUUAGGCCCGUAUUUACUCUGACCCGCCUGAGAGGAAACUUUAUUAUCGAUUAGCCUGUAAGGCCCCUAUUUACUCAGAUCAGCCUCAGAGGAGCCUGUAUUGUAUUAGUUGUAUGAAUAGAUAGCUAUAUUUAACCAGCCAGCUAAGAUACAGCUUUGCUAUAUUAGCUCAUUGCUCAAGAGAAAAUAGCUAGCUAAGAAGUUAGCAGUGGUGUAGUACUUAUGUAAAAAUACUUUAAAGUACUACUUUAGUCGUUUUUUGGGGGUAUUUGUACUUUAAUUUAUUAUUUUUGACCACUUUUACUUUUACUUCACUACAUUCCUAAAGAAAAUAAUGUACUUUUUACUCCAUACAUUUUCCCUGACACCCAAAAGUACUUGAUACAUUUCGAAUGCUUAGCAGGACAGGAAAAUGGUCCAAUUCACACACUUAUCAAGAAAACGUCCCUGGCCAUCCCUACUACCUGAUCUGGCGGACUCCAUAAACACAAAUGUGUUGAGGUGUGCCACCAACUAUCCGUAAAUUUUAAAAAAUGAUUUAAAAAAUGGUGUAGUCUGGUUUGCUUAAUAUAGGGAAUUUGAAAUGAUUUAUACGUUUACUUUUGAUACUUAAGUAUAUCUAAAAUCAAAUACUUUUAGACUUUUACUCAAGUAGUAUUUUACUGGGUGAUUUUCACUUUCACUUGAGUCAUUUUCUAUUAAUGCAUCUUUACUUUUGCUGAAGCGUGACAAUUGGGUACUUUUUCCACCACUGGCAUUGGUAGCUCUAAUUGCUGCAUUAUGUUGUCAGAUGAAAAACAUCAGCAAAAUAGUCAACUAAGAUGCAAGCUCCUUUAAAAAGAUAACUAACCAGCUAAACAGCUUAGAUUAUAUAUAUAUCAGCCUGUAUAAUGUCUAAGUAGUCUUGCUAUUUCAGUGGUUUAUAUGUUAGCCAGUAUAAUUUGAAAACAGUCCAGCCAGUUCAGUGUUUUUGGAUCAGCCAGCUAGAUUAAAGAUUUCAAAAUGGUUAUUCUCGCUCUCCCCCUUUAACAAUUUUAAUUUGAAUUGGCGGAGUUGCUUAAACAUCAGCCUGUGAGGCAGCAGUGUGUAAACAUCAGCCUGUGAGGCAGCAGUGUGUAAACAUCAGCCUGUGAGGCAGCAGUUUGCAAACAUAAGCCUGAGGGAGCAGUGCCUCACAGGCAUAAGUCACUUGUGCUAGUAGUAGAUUGUAUUUGUUUUUCGCAGUUAUAAACUAAAUUGUCGGUGGCGUGCUAAAAUACGCUAUUCCUGCCGUUGACCUGCGAUGUUGUGUUCUUCAACAAAAAAUAUACACAUUUUCACCCUGUCUUUGUAAUUCAGCUACUGUGUGACGUGUAUCCGUUUAGAAAUCAUAUGGAACUGAAUAACAUUUAAAUGAAUACAUUUUUCUCAUGUGGGACAAUGUCUUUACAUUUACAUUUUAGAAGGAUAUGCAUAGUUUAUGUGUGGCCAAACAACUGGAGUGGAGAUUUUGAUACGAGUCUUAAGGAAAUAACAGUGGUUGAAGUGUGCUUUUAAACCAGCAGAUGGAAAUACAGUCCCACCCUUGGGAAAAACUUCCAUCCAAAUACAUUUUGAAUGCUGGAAGCCCCCACCCUUGAAUUUACACAACGACCUGUUUUUCCUCCCUUUUUUUUUGGUCAUUAUUGGGUUUAACCACACGGAAAGGAAUCCUCAGAGAGGACAGAGCAAAUCCUUUGGCUUACCACACCAGGAUCAAGCUACAGAACAAGCUUCGCAGAGUUAUUUCAGGAAAAUGGACCCGAGGUCCUGAUCCUGCGUUGACCAUUAUUUUAAUGAACACAUCAUUUCAGUUUAAUCGUAUAAUAACUGCACACAGAUGUGUCAUAUUAAAUGUAGCUCAUCAUCCCUAUGCGAGUGAGUGCCCUCUCCCAUCUCCGACAGAGCAGUGUAGCCUAUGUCCCUUUGCAACAUUUCUGCAAUGGCCAUGUAAUGUUUCUGCAAUGUCCCUGUAAUGUUAAUGCAAAGUCCCUGUAAUGUUAAUGCAAUGUCCCUGUAAUAUCCCUGUAAUGUUAAUGCAAAGUCCCUGUAAUAUCCCUGUAAUGUUAAUGCAAUGUCCCUGUAAUAUUUCUGCAAUAUCCCUGUAAUAUUUCUGCAAUAUCCCUGUAAUAUCCCUGUAAUAUUUCUGCAAUAUCCCUGUAAUAUUUCUGCAAUAUCCCUGUAAUAUUUCUGCAAUAUCCCUGUAAUAUUUCUGUAAUAUCCCUGUGAUAUUUCUGCAAUAUCCCUGUAAUAUUUCUGCAAUAUCCCUGUAAUAUUUCUGCAAUAUCCCUGUAAUAUUUCUGCAAUAUCCCUGUGAUAUUUCUGCAAUAUCCCUGUAAUAUUUCUGCAAUAUCCCUGUGAUAUUUCUGCAAUAUCCCUGCGAUGUUUCUGCAAUAACCAUUUAAUGUUUCUGCAAUGUCCCUGUAAUGUUGCUGCAAUAUUCCUGUAAUGUUGCUGCAAUAUUCCUGUGUGUAAAGUUUCUGAAAUGUCCCUGUAAUGUUACUGCAAUGUCCCUGUAAUGUUUCUCGAAUGUCCCUGUUAAUGUUCCUACAUCAAAUAAAAGUGUAUUGGUUGUGUGCACAGAUUUGCAGAUGUCAUCGCAGGUGCAGCAAAAUGCUGUUUUUCUAGCCCCCACAAUGCAGUAAUACCUAGCAAUACAAAACAGUGCACACAUAAUCCAAAAAGUAACAAAGAAAUAUCAGAACGAGCAAUGUAAGAGUCCGUAAUAUGUCUGUGUACCCCAUUCACCCUCUGCAAUGCUGCUGGGUUUUUCACGCUCAACAGGUUCCCUUGUGUAUCAGAAAUCGUCCCGAAGUGGAUCAGAAAACCAGUCAGUAUCUGGUGUGACCACCAUUUGACUCAUGCAGCCUGACACAUCUCAUGCGCAUUGAGUUGGUCGGGUUGUUGAUUGCGGCCUGUGGAAGGUUGUACCACUCCUCUUCAACGGCUGUGCGAAGUUGCUGGAUAUUGUCGGGAACUGGAACAUGCUGUCGUAUAUGUCGAUCCAGAGCCUCCCAAACAGGCUCAAUGGGUGAUAUGUCUGGUGAGUACGUAGGCCAUGGAAGAACUAGGACGUUUUCAGCUUCCAGGAAUUUUGUUUCCGAUCCUUGCGACAUUAAUGCAUGCAUUAUCAUGCUGAAACAUGAGGUGAUUGGCGGCGGAUGAACGUCACGACAAUGGGCCUCAGGAUCUCGUCACGGUAUCUCUGUGCAUUCAAAUUGCCAUCGGUAAAAUGCAAUUGUGUUCAUUGUCCGUAGGUUAUGCUUGCUCAUGCCAUAACCCCACUGCCUGCAUGGCGCACUCUGUUCACAACGUUGACAUCAGCAAACCGCUCGCUCACACGAAGCCAUCUGCUCUGUACAGUUGAAACCGGUAUUCAUUCGUGAAGAGUCCACUUCUCCAGCGUGCCAGAGGCCAUCGAAGGUGAGCAUUUGCCCACUGAUGUAGGUUACAACGCUGAACUGUAAUUAGGUCAAGACCCUGGUGAGGACGACAAACUACAAAUGAGCUUCCCUGAACCAGUUUCUGACAGCUUGUCCAGAAAUUCAUUGGUUGUGCAAAUCUACAGUUUCAUCAGCUGCCAAGGUGGCUGAUCUCAAGGAAGUUAAUUCAGGGACUUGAUCAAUCAAUCAAUGUCAGAUUUUUAUUUUCACUGAAUCUGCGUUUAGAUAUCGGUUAGGGUACAAUUAGAGUGUGGAAAUGUUGAGAUGAGUGCUGCUCAUGGUCAUCUUUUCCAGUUGGCUCAUUUAUUACAACAUGUGUCUGUUGAGAUGAGUGCUGCUCAUGGUCAUCUUUUCCUGUUGGCUCAUUUAUUACAACAUG